AUGAACGGUGACACGUAUUCAUCCAGAGACUCUGGACGUCCCCGCGAUUACUACCGCGACGAGCGGCGUGAUCGGGGAGAACAAGGAGACCGAGGUGGUCGGGGUGGUGACCGGAGUGAAAGACCUGAGAGAGGAGAGCGACGACGAUCGCGAUCACCUCACUACGGCCAACGAGGCUCUCGCCGUGAGCCUGAAGCCAAUUCCUACUCGUCCAGCCGCGACUACCGUGCCCGUGAGCGCGAAGAUCGCUACACAAGCGGCCGAAGAGACGACCGGGAAUGGGAUCGUGGAGAUAGGGGAGACCGUGGAGAACGGGGAGAACGUGGUGGAGACCGUGGCGAUCGCCGCCGCCGCCCUGACCGACCCGACUUCGAAGAAAGACCUCGUCCUCGUGGGGACCUCUUUGAGGAUCGCCCUCGCCGUGGUGGAGGUGGUGGUAUUGGUGGUGGCGGCGAUCGAGACCGUCAGGACCGCGGAGACCGUGGCGGUGACAGAAGAGAACGCCGGAGAUCCGCAUCACCUCCGCAGAGGAAGGAGCCUACACCAGACUUGACCGAUAUUCCCUCAAUUCUGGACCGCAAGCGGCGCCUCACUCAGUGGGAUAUCAAGCCCCCAGGCUAUGAGAAUGUAACUGCAGAGCAAGCUAAGCUUUCUGGUAUGUUCCCUCUGCCGGGAGCCCCUCGACAACAACCAAUGGACCCCAGCCGUCUGCAGGCGUUCAUGGACCAGCCUGCUGGUGCCACCGAAAAUACCGCCCUGAAGCCAUCCAACUCCCGCCAGUCAAAGCGUCUCUUUGUGUACAACCUUCCUCCUGGUUCCACCGGAGAUGCCAUAAUCUCCUUCUUCAACUUACAGUUGAAUGGCCUGAAUGUGGUCCAGAGCGUCGACCCAUGUGUCUCCGCUCAGGUCUCCGAGGAUCAAACAUUUGCACUUUUGGAAUUCAAAACUCCAGCUGAUGCUACGGUUGCUCUGGCCUUUGAUGGAAUUACUAUGGCUGAGAGUGGUGACAAGGGUCUGGAAGUCCGUCGACCCAAGGAUUACAUUGUGCCCAACGGAAGCGCAGACCAGGAAUAUCAGGAAGGCGUACUACUUAGCGAAGUACCGGACUCACCAAACAAGAUUUGCGUUUCCAACAUCCCCGCCUACAUUCCAGAAGACCCCGUCACAAUGUUGCUCAAGUCGUUUGGCGAAUUGAAGUCAUUUGUCUUGGUCAAGGAUGGAUCGACUGAAGAAUCACGAGGAAUUGCUUUCUGCGAAUACGCUGAAGCUAGCUCGACUCUCAUCGCCGUGGAAGGUCUCAAUGGCAUGGAGCUAGGUGACCGCCACCUCAAGGUCGUCCGUGCUAGUAUCGGUACUACACAGGCGGCUGGUCUGGAUAUGGGUGUUAAUGCCAUGUCAAUGUUUGCCAAGACUACUUCUCAAGAUAUGGAGACUGGCCGUGUGCUGCAACUCUUGAACAUGGUUACUGUCGAUGAACUUCUCGACAAUGACGACUAUGAGGAGAUCCUGGAAGAUGUUACCGAAGAGUGUGGAAAAUACGGAAAGGUUUUGAGCCUUAAAAUCCCCCGCCCUAGUGGUGGUAGCCGCAGCUCUUCGGGCGUCGGAAAGAUUUUCGUCAAGUUUGAUACUGAGCAAUCGGCAACCAAUGCCUUGAAAGCAUUGGCUGGCCGUAAGUUCUCAGACCGAACUGUUGUUGUCUCAUACUUUGGAGAGGAGAACUUUGAUGUUGAUGCUUGGUAA